AUGAGCCGCUCGGCCCGGCUGCUGCUCUGGCUCGGAGCUGCGGGCGCCAUCCUCGGCUCCCGCCCCCCGGGCUCCCGGGCGCCUUCUCUGCCCCUUCCCGCCAGCUCCCCGGACCCGACGGUCACCGCCGCCCCUGGCGUGGAGUCCGCGCCUCCCCCGGAGCCUCCCGGUGAGCCUCCCAGCGGCUCCCCGGGGAGAGACCCCCGCUCCGCGGCCCUGGCGCGGCCUCCAUGGCGCUCCCUGCCCCCUUCCCGCCUCGCAGGCGCCGAGGGGCCUUGGCUGUUCAGCUCGUGCGGGGCCAGCGGCCGGCGGGGGCCCACGCAGCGGCAGUGCGACGGGGCGUACGCGGGGAGCGGCGUGGCGGUGACCGUGGGGGCCGCGGGGCCGCUGCGGGGCGUGCAGCGGUGGCGGGCGCCCAGCCCCGGCCAGUACCUGAUCUCGGCUUACGGAGCGGCGGGCGGCAGGGGCGCCCGGAACCACCUGUCGCGGGCGCACGGCGUCUUCCUGUCGGCCGUGUUCUCCCUGGGGCGCGGGGAGCCGCUCUACAUCCUCGUGGGGCAGCAGGGGGAGGACGCCUGUCCCGGAGGCAGCCCCGGGAGCCAGCGCGUCUGCCUCGGGGAGUCGCACGUGGCGGCGGAGGGGACCGGAAGCGCCCCGGGUCGGCGUCGCGGGGCCGGAGGCGGCGGGGGCGGCGGGGGCGCCACCUUCGUCUUCCGGCUGCGCGCCGGGGAGCCGGAGCCGCUGCUGGUGGCGGCGGGGGGCGGCGGCCGGGCCUACUCGAGGCCGCAGGACCGCGGCGGGGCCCGGGCUGCCCCCGAGAAACUGGAGAACCGCUGGGCGGCGCCCGGGAGCGGCGGUCGAGGCGGGGCCGCAGGUGGAGGGGGCGGCUGGGCGUCCCGCGCCCCCUCCCCCCAGGCCGGCCGCUCCCUGCGGGAGGGGGCGGAGGGCGGCCAGGGCUGCGCGGAGGCCCGGGCCGCCCUCGGCUGGGCGGCGGCCGGCGGCUUCGGGGGCGGCGGCGGGGCCUGCACGGCGGGCGGCGGCGGCGGCGGCUUCCGGGGAGGUGACGCCUCAGAGACUGACAUCCUCUGGGCUGAUGGAGAAGAUGGGGUUUCCUUCAUACACCCCAGCAGUGAACUCUAUCUGCAGCCUCUGGCAGUCACAGAGAACCACGGAGAGGUGGAGAUCCGCAGGCACCCCAAUUGCAGCCAUUGCCCUUUGAAAGACUGCCUGUGGCGGGCAGAGCUCCUCCUGGCUGAGUGCAUCUGCCCGGAGGGCAUGGAGCUCUCUGCCGACAACAUCACUUGCAUGGACCCUCCUGCUACAGCAGGCCCUCUGGUUCUGAUGGUGGCUGUGGUGGCAACCCUAACACUGAGCCUGCUUACAGCAUGUGGCAUCCUGGUUCUGGUGAGCCAAAAGAAGUGGCAGGGCCUGUGGGGGACAAGGCUGCCGGGUCCUGAACUUGAGCUGAGCAAGCUUCGAACCUCUGCCAUCAGGACAUCCCCCAAUCCCUAUUACUGCCAAAUGGGGCUGGGCUCGGCCCAGGCCUGGCCGCUGCCUCCGGGGCUCACCGAGGUUUCCCCAGCCAAUGUCACCCUGCUCAGAGCCCUGGGCCACGGUGCCUUUGGGGAGGUGUACGAGGGACUGGUAACCGGCCUUCCCGGGGACUCCAGCCCCCUGCAGGUGGCUAUCAAGACCCUGCCGGAGCUCUGCUCUCGCCAGGACGAACUGGACUUCCUCAUGGAGGCGCUUAUCAUCAGCAAGUUCAGUCACAAGAACAUCGUGCGUUGUGUGGGGCUCAGCUUCCGGGCUGCCCCUCGCCUCAUCCUGCUGGAACUGAUGUCUGGAGGGGACAUGAAGAGUUUCCUGAGGCAGAGCCGGCCACACCUGGGCCAGCCAUCCCCUCUGAACAUGCAGGACCUGCUGCGCUUGGCCCAGGAUAUAGCCCAGGGCUGCCACUACCUGGAGGAGAAUCACUUCAUCCACAGGGACAUUGCUGCCCGCAACUGCCUGCUGAGCUGCGCGGGGCCCAGCCGAGUGGCCAAGAUUGGGGACUUCGGGAUGGCAAGAGACAUCUACCGGGCCAGCUACUAUCGCAAGGGGGGCCGGGCCUUGCUGCCAGUCAAGUGGAUGCCCCCGGAGGCCCUCCUGGAGGGCGUGUUCACAUCCAAGACAGACUCCUGGUCCUUUGGGGUUCUGCUUUGGGAGAUUUUCUCUCUGGGCUACAUGCCCUACCCUGGGCGCACCAACCAGGAGGUGCUGGACUUUGUUGUCGCAGGGAGCCGGAUGGACCCUCCGAGAGGCUGUCCAGGACCUGUGUACCGCGUUAUGACCCAAUGUUGGCAGCACCAGCCCGAGCUCCGCCCCAACUUUGCCAGUAUCUCAGAGCGCCUGCAGUACUGCACGCAGGACCCUGACGUGCUGAAUUCUCCCCUGCCAGUGGAAGCUGGGCCCAUCGUGGAGGAGGAAGGGGCUUGUGCACUAGGGAACCGGCCUUUGGAGGUCCUGAGAGCCCCACUCCCUCAGGACCCAGGUUCAGAGAGCCUGAAAAGCCGGGGAGGAAACCUCGGCACCUGGCUGUCCGCCGGCCUCAAGCCUCUCAAAUGUGGAGGCCUCCAACCUCAGAACCUUUGGAACCCCACCUAUGGCUCCUGGGCCCCAAGGGCACCUGUGCAGGGUGACUCAGGCAUUGACCUGAGCAACAGCUCCUCCCUGCACCCCUUCCCAGGCCUCUAGGUGGCUUGUUGUUCCUGUAGCCUCUGUCCCCUGCAGUCUGAGCUGCAUGUUUGGGCCUGUCUCAGGGCUGGCCUGGCAGCAACAGACUUUCCAUCCUGGAAACCAACCCAGGCCUCCUGGGAAGGGCCUGGCCCCUCCCGGCUUUUGGUAUUGGGGGCCAAUGGCCCUGGCCGUCACUAGGGAGUUCCGGACUGCCUUCUCCCCAAGAGCAUCUUUCGUCUGUGCCAUCCCCAACCCUGCAGCUGUUUCAAAUAAAAAGGUCUU